UCUAAAAAUGCGUCAAAACUGCCGCCAUCUUGGAACAGGGGUCUUGUACUUCGAAUUCAUGGACGAUGCCGGACUUCUGUGUUGCGUUUGUAUGUUCAAACGAACGAAAUCUAAAAACCAGGGAGCAAGGGAUUACAUUUCACAGACCUUUGCCUACAUUGACGCUGAUGCAUUAAAGAGGAGGGGGUCCCCUGUACCAAGAUGGCGGCUCUAUUGACGCAUUCGUUCCAGUGAAGUGCCGUAGCCAAGGAUUGGAUUUACAACCCAAAGCAACUGGCUCUUCUGACGCAUGCGCAGAGACGAGCCGGCGAUGAAAAAAAAUGGCCGCCUCCACAGUGUGCCGUUCGGUGCGUUGUGUUUCUAAUGCUUUACCUCGGCUCACCACGUCUUGGGCACCUGUCAGCUCCUGUACAUAUGAAAACAUCUCCGGUCCGACUUUAACGUGGAGUCGUUUUUAUAUUUCUGGACCGGAUUGGAGUCGCAGGAGAGACGAAAACGGUGUGACAUUGAGUCGGUGUGCAGGUACGGCGUUAACCCCGGCUGUGUCCCAAUUGCAUUCAAACUUACUUUGCCUCCAUGUUUCCAGCUCACAUGCCUUCCACAGCAGCUCCGUGUGUCACCAUCAGCAGGAUUUCUACAGCAUUCUGGGAAUCCCGCGAACCGCUACGCAGAAAGAGAUCAAAAAAGCCUACUAUCAGCUGGCAAAGAAAUACCAUCCGGAUACAAGCCCAGAUGACCCGCAAGCUAAAGAGAAGUUCUCCAAGCUGGCAGAAGCGUAUGAGGUUCUGAGUGACGAAGUAAAAAGAAAGCAGUAUGACACGUACGGUUCUGCGGGGCCGAGCGCAAGUGGGGCGGGGCAGCAGUACUGGCGUAGCGGAACCACCGUAGACCCAGAGGAACUGUUUAGGAAGAUCUUUGGGGAAUUUUCCGGAGCACAAGGGUUUGGAGACUUCAGCUCCGUUUUCGAACAGCCGCAUGAGUACAUCAUGGAGCUGACGUUCUCCCAAGCAGCCAAAGGAGUUAACAAGGAGAUCACGGUGAACAUAGAGGACGACUGUCCACGUUGCCAUGGUAAAGGUCACGAGCCGGGCACCAAAGUCACACACUGCCACUACUGUAACGGUACCGGCAUGGAGUCGGUGAACACAGGCAUGUUUAUGAUGCGUUCCAUGUGUCGGCGCUGCGGUGGACGGGGCUCCAUCAUCAUCACUCCCUGUGUUAUGUGCAGAGGAAUCGGACAAACCAAACAGAAAAAAAGCCUUGUGGUCCCUGUGCCUGCAGGAGUGGAGGACGGCCAGACAGUGAAGAUGUCAGUAGGAAACAAGCAGGUCUACAUCACAUUCAGAGUCGAGAGGAGUCCGUUGUUUCGGCGCAAUGGGUCCGACAUUCACUCUGACGUGAUGAUCUCAGUAGCUCAGGCCAUUCUGGGAGGAACAGCUCGAGCUCAGGGUCUCUACGGGAUGGUCGACAUCGCGAUUCCUCCUGGGAUUCAGACGGACCAGAAGAUCCGUCUGGGCGGUAAAGGAAUCGCCCGUGUGAGCGGCUAUGGCUACGGAGACCACUACGUUCACAUCAAGAUCAAAGUGCCCAAGAAGCUGACACAGAGACAGCGGGAUCUGAUCCUUGGUUAUGCCGAGGAGGAGACGGAUGUAGAGGGGUCUGUGAACGGAGUGAGUCGAUCAGCACCAGCAAGCUCUCAGCAUGCAAAGAAGGAAUCCGGAGCGGACCAGAGUCGUGACGAGGAGCAGCCGGAGGAGAAAGAGGAAGGCGGAUUUUUCUCCAGACUCAAAAAGAUGUUCUCCUGAAGGGUGCAGCAGGCACGGAAUCCGCAGGCAUUACUUCAGUAUGAUCAUCACAUUAUUGCGUCUAGGUGAGAGGACUUUGGGCUGCAGAAGAGUUCGGAUUCGCAGAAGCUCUCCACAGGCAGUCAGACAGACAGACUGACAGAGAAACAGAGAGAGAGAGAAUUCUAUGUAAUGAAAUAUGAACUCUGUGAAGGUACAAAAUAAUGGUUUAUUAUCAUAAACACACUAUUUGUUCAUGUAAACCCUUAAUGCUGGUUAAUGUGUAUUUUUUUAAUAUAUAGAAGAAUGAAGUGAUAACAGGAAGCAGGUUAUUUUUGGAUGUUUCACAAAAUUAAACGUGACUCUAAAGAAAAAC